UGAAGAAAUUUCCUGUUUUGAAUUUUUAAACCGGAUUAAAGGAUUUGUUCUGAUUUGACUCUUUUCACUUGAGUCAUUGAAUUUCUAAUGUGUUUUGGUUGAUUUGAGUAGUGUUUACAUUUUAGACAAAUAGUUUAUCCAAUCCUUGAAAAUGUUUAGUUGUAUGCCUUCAAGCAGUCAGAUCUUGCCUUGCUGAAGAGAAACGAGAAAUCGUACGCACACCUAUCGACACGUGAUGCAUUCCGAUAUCUGUACUUGGAAAGCUUCAGUUCCAUGAAUGAUGUAUUGAUGUUGUUGUGAUUUUGAUCAGCAGCUGCGGCUGCAUCGCUGCGUUAGUAUGAGUUCUUCCAUGGGGGCUUUUGAGCGCUCCUCAUCGCCGCUCCAUAGUGAUAUUAUUCCGGUUCUGGAUGAAUCUCCUGAUCGGUCUCUGAAAUAUGAUGAGGAUGACAAUCUGCAGCGUGUUCUUGACAGCCUAGACUCGCAGGAUUUGGUCGGACAACUGGAGGAAGCCUGUCGGGUUCUGCUGGAAAUUGUCCCGUUCCUGCUACCCUCCGACGACGAUACCGGCCUAACACCGCCGAACACCGCAGCGGAUGUCGGCCAGACCCUGGCGGGUGGGGAUGUGGCGCAUCCCAACGACAACAGUCUGUUCCAGGAAGCGCUGGCGGUGGUUUGCGGCGAUUUGGCCAAUAUUUUGCGGAACGGUUUAACUGAUCCCACGUGUACACCGUUGCUGCUGGAGUUGGAUGCGAUUUCCAUCCCAUCCCUUGCGAAACUCCCGGUCCCAUCCGGAAAUGAUCCCGAAAUCUCCCUUUCUCAUCCUGCGGAUGUCCUGCGCCGCAACGCUCUCUUCCACAGAUUGAUUACGGUACUGGCGACCGCCAGCGGGCACCGGCAGUUCGUGCAGAAUUUUUUGGAAAAUGACCAGUGUCUGCAGCGGCUGUACCAGCCGUUUGCUUUGCUGCGGCAGCCGAACGCCCGACAACGCAUUAAAGCCGCAGUGAACGCCUUCGAGCCGUUUUAUGCGAAGGACGACGCAGCAGCGGACAGUCGCGAGAAACGUGAUACUCCCAUGACGUCGGCGUUGUCGGUUUCGAUAACCACGACGGCAGCGCCAUCUCCGGUUCCGGGAGACGGCGUGCCAAAGGCGUCCAGGACGCCGGUGCUGACGCCGCCAUCCCGUCUUGCUCCACGAGGUUCCACCCCGGAACCCUCCCCCUCGCGCCUCACGGUGCCCCCGCGCCCCGUCACCCGUCUCAAACAGCACACCCGUUCCCGCUCCGAUGGUCUCCCCUCGGCCUCCCUCCCUUCGCGCCCCUCCUCCUCCACCGCCUCCCCCCAUCCCACCCUGCACCGCAUGCGCUCCCACCAUCUCCCGCGCACCGGCACCCUGGACGGCACCUACUCCUUCAGCCCGCCCACGGAGCCCGGGCAGUCCCUGCUCGGCUAUCUGCAGUCGCAGGUGGACACGGAGACCUGCGCGGAUCUGGAGCGGGAGAACGCCCACUUUCUCAUCUCGGAGGCCGUCAUCUGCGCCCUGGAACAGAUGCACUAUCAGCGUCGCCACGGCGGGAGUGAUGGGAGUGGCGGGUCGUCGUCGGGGGUGGUGAUCACCGGGAAUGGGAGUGGCGGGAGUCCCGUGGGCAGUAGUGACCGGGAAGAGAUCUCCUUGUCGUCGGACGACGCCAGCGUGUCCGAUCAGCCCAGCAGUCCAUCGCUGAGCCAGUCCAUUUUACGCAAGAACACCGUCAGCGCCGCCGGGCCCGCCCCCCUCCAGAACACCCACAGCGCCGAGGCCAUCGCCAUCUCGCUGCUGAAGCGCUUCCGCGAGAGCCAGAUCCCCUCCGCCGCCGAGCUGGAGUGGUUGGUGGCCGAGGAGGACGUCCCGGAGGACAGCAGUAGCUUGCUGCCGUUGCCGCGCGGAGUGUGCGUGGUGCCGGCGGAAGCGCACUGCAGCCGCAUCCGCGGGAAUCUGGAAUGGGCGCCGCUGCGGCCGCAGAUUAUCUACCAUAUUCAAUCGCAUGUCAAUCUCAAGACGGCCCUCCUCAACCAGAAGGGUCGGUGUGCCGGGUGUGGCGGGCGGAUGGAUGCCGGGCAGCAGCAGCGGAUGCGGUACUGCGAGUAUACGGGGAAAUAUUUCUGCGUCUGCUGUCAUGAAUACAAAACCAGCAUGAUCCCGGCGCGUAUCCUGCAGAAAUGGGAUUUCACCAAAUACUACGUGAGUAACUUUGCGGCGGAUUUCAUCUCACGGAUCUAUCGGGAUCCGUUGUUCGAUGUCAACGACUGCAAUGCCGGAUUGUACAAAAAAAGCAAGGCACUGAUGAUCACGCGAGAACUGCGGGUGCAGCUAGUCCUGGCGAAUCAUUAUGUGCGGACGUGCCAUAAUUCUCAAAGUAUAAAGGCGGAAAUCGAGCAGCUGCCACGCGUCUUAUCCGAGCAGGUGCACAGUUAUUCCUUGGAGAUGCUGGGUAGUGUGCGCGACUCCAUUCUGCCCACAUUUCUCCGCCCCAUCACGGAACUGGCCAUCGCGCAUGUCACGUCGUGUGCUGAGUGUGGCGCACGGGGCUUCAUCUGUGAAUUCUGCCGGGAUGAGCGGCCCAUCUUCCCCUUCCAGCUGACGACGGUGUACCAGUGCGGCAGCUGCGGCGAUUGCUUCCAUGCCAAGUGUAUGCGCCAACGGCCCUGUCCGCGCUGUGUCCGCUUACAGGCCCGUCGUGCCAUCCGCGAACGCCAGACCUCCGUUAACGCCGCACCGGGGCCCGUGCUUCCGCUUCCUGCUUCUUAAGCUGUGAUGUUUAUACUUCUCUGUGUAAAAGCUAAAUUAUUCUGUAUUUAUACCCUUCACGUGGGGAGUUGUAGUGCUACUGCGCUUUCGAUACGAUGACGUUCCGAUACUGUACUCGCUGACAGUGAAGCUGCCGACAUAAAAUUGAAGCUUGUUCAAAUGCUGUUGUGAAGAAUGUUUGCGCAGCUGAAGAUUGCAGUUCCCGAUGGCGCAUUUGCAGACAAAUUGUUAGGUGUGAUGAUGUGCAUCGUUUAUUGUUACGCAUCUGUUUCUGGAAAAAUAGAGUUUGGUUCUGCACGGAAAAACCGUAAAUUGAUAAGAGUGCCAGUGCCGA